GCUGUUCUCGGUGGAAGGGCUGGAGGGCACCGGUUGAGGCUCUAGUUACGGUCCGGCCGCGCCGAUCCAAGUUUGGGGCCAAGAAAUUUGGAUAGCGCUCUUUUUUCAGGGCGCGUUUUCGCCGGAUCCAGCGCCGUCGUUCUUUGGAUUGAAGCUCCCAUGGCGGCGAACGGAGCCUGGAGGACAGAUCCGGCACUGUGGCAAGUCGAAUUGGCCUUCUACAGCGUUCGAUCGAUGCCUGGAGGAAAGACCCUGUCUCCGUGACGUGCUCAUUGCUUUAGGCUCCGAUUGACUCUUCCAUGGUGACUGCCGUUGAACUGGGAGAUAGAUCCGGCGUUGUUCCGGAUCUGACACAAAUAGAGCACCGAAGUGGUGCUAUGUUUCCUACUGUUACACAGCAGCCGUCAUUGUUCUACUGGCCAACCGGUGUUUCUACGAGGCAGUGGCCGUAUCGCCUUACCUUGGAUCCGCGGCAUCCGUCCUUGUGAAUUUUAAAGGGAGGGCAUGCACUCAGA